AUUAAUCAAAUCAAAUGUCAAAGGUUUAGUUAGAUUAUGUUUUGUUUUAUUAAAUUAAAUAGUUCAGUUUAUAAAUUAAAGAAGUGAGGUACACUUGAAUGUUGUCUGAUAAAGUUUUUGAUAUUUAAUUAAUUCAUGUCUUUAUAAUAAUAAAUUAAAUAUGUCGUCGUUACCUAUUGUGUCUAUCACCAGACGAGAAACUUUCAGUUCUUGCCACCGACUACACAGCCCAUUUUUAAGUGAUGAAGAUAACAAAAAGUUGUAUGGCAAAUGCAAUAACCCUAAUGGGCAUGGACAUAACUAUGUUGUGUUGGUAACAGUCAAAGGGCCAGUUGACCCACAAACAGGGAUGGUGAUGAAUGUACAUGACUUGAAACAAUUUAUGCAGAAAGCUAUAAUGGAACCGCUUGAUCAUAAAAAUCUUGACCAAGAUGUUCCUUAUUUUAAAGCUGUGGUUAGUACAACAGAAAACUUAGCAAUAUUCAUUUGGGAUCAAUUGCAAAAGUUGAUGGACAAACCUCAGUUACUGCAUGAGGUGAAAAUAUUGGAAACUGAAAAGAAUCAUGUUGUUUACCGCGGAGGAAACACUUACCCAAGGAAGAAAUACAAUGCAUCAAGUCUGCACACAAACCAUCAUGAUGUCUCUUCAGAUUCAGACUGAUAAGAAAUAAGAUUUUUUUAACACUUUCAAUGCCAUGGACAUGACCUUUGUAACAUUAAAGCCCACUACAGAUGCUCAGUUCUGUUGUUUUAUUACAUUUAAAGUUUUGCCUCCUCAUUCAUUUGAAUUGUUUUACUGUUAUGUAAAUCUGAGCAUAUUUAGUGUGCAUUAUUGGUGAAUGAAUUUAUAGCAUUGAAAGUGUUGAGAUUGUUAAGAUCUGCAUUCCUUUUAUGUCUUCUCUUAUUUUUUACUUUUAUACUUGUAAUACUGAUAUUAAAUUGCAUAUUUUCCUAUGGUUAAGUGACUGAAAAUUUUUGUUCCUUUUUUAAAAUGAUAUAUUUUGUAAGAAAUAAAUACACUUGCCAAAUAAAAAAUGUU